UGGUUUAAGCUUUAAGCUUUGAAGUUUUCUGCUUCUCAGGAAAACUGUGAAGAAACUUCAGUAACCAGAAUCUAUUACUCUCUUUAUAGUAAGACUACUUCUGGCAUAUUUUGUGGGUUUAGCAGUGAAGUAGUGUACUUGUGAGGUGUACACUUCAUUUCAGCCUGCUUACCCUGCUGCAUUAGCUUGGCUAGCUUGUGAGUUGGCUCAGCAUUUUCAUUUGUACAUGAAUUGAAAUUCAACUUUGUUACUCAUUACGAGUAGAAUUGAUUCACGUCAUGAUCCAUAUGGUUAUUUGAUGUCGAACUUGAAGGUUUGGCGACAGAAGAAAGUGUAUUAUCAAAUUUUGGGACCAAGUUAGUAAAUCACAACCAUUCUAUCAAGUUCUUUAGGAUUUUUCGUCCACAUUGUUGAUGUUGUUGGAUAGAGUAACACCACGCAACAGAGAUACAGGAACUCUUAAUAUGAGACUCACCACUGAUUUUCACUUGACCAAUUCAGAUGGCAAAAAUGGCCUAGCUUUUCAACUCGAAGUUAUCUACAUUCUGUUUUUGAUUGAUUUUCUAAAAUUGAUAUUUAUAGUUAUUUCUUUUUUAAGUAACUAUCCAUGGAUAUUUGAGAAAUGUUUUAGAACUGAAAAAAAACAUACAAAACAGAGAAGGAAAAUUAACAAAUAAAAACUUAUCUGGCUUCACAUACAUUUGUUUAUUUUUGUUAAAGUUGGUAGACCUGACAUCAUAGCAAGAUUUUUUUUUUCUUCAUAUUUUAUAGUUAUAGAAACCACAUUUAGGCGUACAAUAAAAUAUCUUAUAAACUACAAAUAUACAUUAAAAUAAUAUUAAAGUUCUCUCUAUUUGUUCCAAUAAAUCCUUUUUAUGAAAGAAGUAUGCAUUCACUAAAAUAAAGUGAAAAGGAUAAUUACAUGAGCAUGAGCUUCACCAUGUCAUCAAACUCAUCACUCAUGAGGGACUGUAAUGGCGUAAAAAGCCCAAACUAGGCUUAGGUUUAGCUGACCUGUUGGGCUUGGGGAGCCUUCAUUUGAUGCCUGUUAUAAUAAAGGUUUACACAGAAAAACAAGUAUUGUAAGCGAGUGAGUGUCUGCAAACAAAGACACAUAAAAAUGUCUUCUCUGUGUCGUCGUGUUCGAGCUAUCUUUACGAGAGUUCCUUCAAAACCCAGCGCCAACUUCUGCACCACUGAAACCCUUGGCAAUAAACGAUUGGUAAAGAACACUUCCGCUUCCACCACUGAAACCCAGCUCCAGAAAUUGGUAGAUGAGUUCAAGAAGUCCUCUAAGUCCUCACGCUUUCGACACAAUCAAAGCAUUUACAGGCGCACGGUGGCCCGUCUUGCCGGUGCCAAGAAGUUCUCUAUGAUCGAAGAUAUCCUAGAAGACCAGAAACAAUAUUAUAACAUCUCCAGCCAAGGUUUCGCAAUGCGCCUCAUUAGCUUGUACGGUCAAUCUGGCAUGUUUGAUCACGCACAGAAGGUGUUCGAUGAAUUGCCUGAGCUGAAUUGUCCUCGCACUGUGAGUUCUUUCAAUGCCCUUUUAAAGGCUGGUGUUGCAUCAAAGAAAUACGACAAAGUUGUCGAGAUUUUUAAAGAGUUGCCUUCUCGUGUUUCUAUAGAACCAGACUUGGUAUCGUAUAACAUUGUCAUUAAAGCAUUGUGCGAGAUGGGUUCUUUGGAUGAUGCUCUUUCGAUGUUUCAUGAGCUUGAUAACAUUGGGAAAGAGCCUGAUUUGGUCACUUUCAAUACAAUUCUCAAUGUGUUGUAUAGGAAUGGUCAGUUUUCUGAGGGAGACAAAAUUUGGGCAAUGAUGGAGAGCAAGAAUGUUGUACCUGAUGUUAGAAGUUAUAAUACAAAGCUGCGAGGAAUGGUGCUGGAUGGCAGAGUAUCCGAGGCCGUUCAGUUAAUGAAUGAAAUGAAAAGUAAGCAUAUUAUUCCUGAUGUGUUUAGUUAUAAUGCUCUACUUAAAGGAUUUUGUGAUGGUAAGAACUUGGAGGAAGCAAAAGAAUGGUACGGUCAACUUCAGGAAAGUGAAUGUAAUCCAGACUUGGUGACUUACCAGAUGCUUAUUCCAUUAUUUUUUGAGGCAGAUGACUUCGAUAUGGCUUUUGAGCUUUGCUCCGAGGCAAUUAAUCAGGAAAUGCGUUUAAAGAAGGAGAUGUUUACACAAGUGGUUAAUGGAUUGGUCAAGCAGGAUAAGGAUGAGAAAGCAUGUAAGCUUGUGGAAUUGAUAAACUCUACCAAGUACUUAAAAUAUAAACUGGAGUUGCCAGUGGUCGACUAGGAACUUAAUUGCAUCCUUUUUUUUUAAUUAUUAUUAUCAUAUAAUGUUUUUGGCUGUUAACAGUUUUUUUAGCUGGUAAUGAACUUUCAGUUAUUUUACUUUUGUAUCUUUCUCAUCAUCUUGCUAUGAGUUGAAUUUCACGAUUAAGUAUGACUAAAUUUUUGUUGGAAGGGUAUGAGACAGUAAUGCUUUAAGUAGCCUGAGUAUAGUGUUAUUCCAAUA